UUCCCCCCAUAGCCCCCCUACACACACACACUAUCAAGAUUGCGUAGUUCUCCGUUUUAUGGUCUGCACCACUUUAUUCGUUGAUAGUGGAACAUAAAGGAAAAUGUUCGGAAAUAGAGCAGAAAAAACAUUAAGGUUUUAGUUUCUGCUACAUCGUCGCCGUGCUGGCCCUUUAAGAAAGCCGGAGAUCUAAGAGUGUCAAGUAGGUCAUUAUGUCAUGUUCAUCAAGCUCUGCACUGGUGGUGCAGCUCCAUCCAGUCCUAGUCCUCAGCAGAAGGGGAACUAUUUAAAUAUCCUGGAUUUUAACUGCUAAGUGCUUCGGACAGACAGCACAGUUUUAUCCUACCAUAAGCUGUAAAGAUGUCUGAGCAAGGAUAUCCUUCACCAGCUGCCCCUGAAAGAUGCCUAAACACACCUGAACCACAGAGGACCGGCUCCUGCAAGACACCGAUCCAAAUCCUUUUCGAACACGGCGUGGUUAGUGGAGACCUGCCUGUGUUUGUGAUGGAGAAGGCAGAAGGAGAAGCUCACCAGCCCAGCUUUGUCUUCAGUGUGACCAUUGGAGGAGUUAAAUGUACAGGUCAAGGUUCAAGUAAAAAGGCGGCCAAACAACAAGCUGCAGAGGCUGCACUGAAACUAUUAAACAUCGACACUGAAAGUGGGGUUGUUCCUGGGCGGUCCAACACGAACGGUGUGGUAGCAGAACCAAACAACCCCGUAGGCUUGCUUCAGACGCUGGCGUUGCAGAAAAGAUGGCGCGUUCCCGAAUACAUCAUUUUAACUGAAAUGGGGCCGCCGCACAGGAAAGAGUUCACUAUUAUAUGUAGAUUGGAGUCGCUCACAGAACAGGGGGUUGGUAGCACCAAAAAAGCAGCAAAGAAGGAAGCAGCAGAGAAAAUGUUGGCAAAGAUUCAAAGUUUGUCGGGCUCCUCUGAGAUCACAUGGACUCCGAAUCCAAGCGUUGGCUUUGAGAACAUCAGGAACUCCACAGCAGAGAAGAUCUCUCUACUGAGGAGAAACCCCCUGAGCAUUCCCAACACCGACUACAUUCAGAUGCUGCUAGAUCUCUCCAAAGAGCAAGGCUUUGAAGUCACAUACUUUGACAUCGAUGAGCUGACGGUGAACGGUCAGUACCAGUGUCUGGCAGAGCUGUCCACCUCCCCCGUCACCGUGUGCCACGGCACCGGCAUCUCCUGCAGCAAUGCCCACAACGACGCGGCGCACAGCGCACUCCAGUACAUGAAGAUCAUGGCCACCAGCAAAUAGAAAUCCAACCAGCAUUCACAGAUACUUCACCUAAACCAUCGCCUGUCGUCUUGUGUGAAACAGAGCAGCUCCGUGGGAUUUCUGUUGACUUAUAUGGGGAUUGACAUCUAGCAGAAGCAGGUUUACCGUGGUGCUUCAGGUUUUCAGAGUAUAGAAGUACAUUUUAAAUGACUGCAAACAAUUAGCUUUUUCUUAAACAGCUGAAAGCCACGCUAUUCUCACACAGGGUUAUUCUCACGUUGAAAUAUAGAGCAUAACUGCAUUUAUCUGGCAUAAAAACAAGACAAAAUUUUACACUGCUAACUACUUAGCCUGUCCCCCUUUGUUUAUUUCCCUCUUCCUCCACAGUUAGCUUGAAAUUCAAACUGACAUUAAAUAAAUGUAAGGCAGCUCUGGUUAGCAUUGAAACUACUCACCUAUUGUAAAUACAGCAUUUUAGUUACCUACAGGAAUUCUGUUAGCUUAAAAAAUAUUCUUCAAUCACUAAAAUACAUCAAAAAUCACUUUUUAUCUGUUCAGAAGAAACCCUCAAUAUAUUAAUGUUGAUUCUAUUAUGAAAGUCUCACGUAUAGUUCUGCUCACUCAUUGAUUGACAGCUAUCACUUUUUUUGAUAGUCAAUCUAAAAAAAAAAAAUACAUAUUUGAA